CAUUUGGAUCAAAGAAACCAAAACUUAGGAGUGCAAAUUGCUUAAGAGUUCUUCAACAUGUCAAUGGAUACAACUCUUGAUAUUGACCUCAACACCAAUCCCAAGCAUAACCAGAGCGAAAUUCCGGUACGUGGGACCCAUUAGGGAGAUUGAAAAGGAAUUUGUCUGUGAAAGCAAGUCAUCAAUGAAAGACGAGUCUGUUCAAUUUUUGAUCCAGCAGUUAAAUCAGAUGAAAUCUGAGAACAAGAAGCUAACAGAUUUACUCAAUACUAUCUACGGAAAAUACAAUGAUUUGAUGCAAAGGUACUCCGAAGAUGAAAUCACGAAAUCAAGAAAGAGAAAGGCCCAUUAUACAGAAAAUUGUGACAAUUUUGUCGAAACAAAUGAAAUCAGUACUUGUCGUUGCUGUGAUGGUGGGCCAAAUGCGACACCUAAAGAAAUUGUUUCAAAUAUUUCGAAGGUUUAUGUACGCAUUGAUCCAUCUGAUGUGAGCCUAGUAGUAAAGGAUGGAUAUCAAUGGAGAAAAUAUGGACAAAAGGUGACCCGAGACAAUCCAUCUCCUAGAGCCUACUAUAGGUGCUCUUUGGCCCCAACUUGCCCAGUCAAGAAGAAGGUGCAAAAAAGUGUUAAUGAUCCAUCUCUUUUAGUAGCCACUUAUGAAGGCAAACACAACCACAAGAAUCCUUCUGAAGAUGAAAUUUCAAUAGAAUUAUCGAAGGGUGUAACUGAUGUUUCAUCCUCCACCUCUAUCUCUAAAUCAAUGGUUGAACAAAUGGCUUCUACUUUAACAAGAAAUUCCAGUUUCACAGCUGCACUAGCAGCUGCUAUUACUGGGAGAAUUUUAGAUCAAGAAAUUGAAGAAAAUUGAUUCAAGAAAAUUUCAUGGAUUUUAUAUUUAUUACCAUUUGGGAAGGUAACGUGUUAGCCAAAAAUUGUUGAAUCUGCAAUUUUGGAAGUAAUGGAGUUGAACAUAGUGCUUGGGAUCCA